AUGAUGGACAUGUUAGGUGAUCAGGGUGGUGAAACAUCAGCGGCAUCUACAUCAACGUCUUCUGUCUCUCGAUUCGGUGCUGACGCUUUCAUGUCAACUCCAGAUGAUGUGAUGAUGAAUGACGAUCUGGAACCGAUUCCUCGCGAGCGAUGUAACACGUGGCCGAUGCGAAGGCCUGUAUUGGACCACCCUGUGAAUACGAAUUCUCUUAUUCACGAACAGAUUCCAGAAGAAGAUCCUGACCUGUUCGGUAGCAGUGAGCAAUGCGGACGACUCGGAGGAUCGUCCACGAACGGAUCAACUGCCAUGUUGCACACUCCAGAUGGAAACAAUUCAACGUCCUUCCCUUCCGAAAUGUCCGAAUCGCCAGACGAUGCAGCCAAUUCGAAAAAGACGACGACUAGAAGGAACGCGUGGGGAAACAUGUCAUAUGCUGAACUGAUCACCACAGCUAUCAUGGCCAGUCCAGAGAAACGGUUAACAUUGGCCCAAGUUUACGAAUGGAUGGUUCAGAACGUGCCGUACUUCAGAGACAAAGGAGAUUCCAACAGUUCCGCUGGAUGGAAGGUUAGUUUAUUUAACCGUAUUUUGGGAAGAUAUGGAAUCGCUCUGAAUAAGGUUUUUGGAUACUGA